GCCGCUUACCGCGCACGGAUCGAGUUUGUCGUUCGACCGGUCUCUCGAGUUCUCGUUUUCGGCCACGAAAAAGUUCAACUAAACUAGCCGAAAUAUGCGUAUAUAAACAAGUCGGUAACAGGUUCGUUAAAUCAGCCGGUGGUUUACCAGUUUCGUUCUAGUUCGCGCUCAUCGCCAACUCGAACAAGAGCGCGUAGUGCGCGUUCGAAAUCGCCGCGUUCCAUUAUCGUUCGUCGACACGAGUACGCGCGAGAACAUCGACCGCGCCGAGUCAGGAAUUCUCUCGACGAAUUCUCUCGUCCUCUCGGCGCGACCUCUCGGCUCGACGCGUACGGCUUCGCGCCGCCAAACAUUCGCGGUGCCGCGAAUGAUACGAAUCGACGAUCGAAUCAGCGGAUAAAUUGGCUCGCUUCCGAUCCUGCGGAACCGCGACGAGAUCUCUUGCCGCGGAACGAGCAACGAUCGCCGACCCGAUUUUGCAUGGGUGUACACGAGAGGAGCGAGGCCCACCGUACCGAUGUCACCGGCAGAAUGGCCAGGGAUCGUUCCGGUUCAGAAUAUUCGGAGAACAUGAGCGACGCCACGACUUGCAGCUGCACGACGAGUUCUGCUGACAAGUGUUCGUUGCGCGGCUGCGGUAUGUUUCAAGAGCCGUUUUUCCUACAUCCACCUGGCUCGCGACCACGCGAUGGAAUCUACAUAAAUCCGAUGAGCGCGUACAUCGGCGAGCCUGUAAAGCCGAAGGAUACAGAGUCCUUUUAUCUGCACAGCCCGCACGAUCUCGUCUACACGAGGAUUACGCGAUUGUUCGCGGACACGGACAAGCAUCGACACUUUGAGAAGAAGGACGAGACUUUGACUGUGAAAGUGGACGUACACUUCAACAAUGGCGUUCUCGACCGAUCGUCCGGCGAAAACGGCUACACGACCAAAGCCGAAAUGACGCGCGAGCCGUCCGAACACGCGUACGAGCAAAUCUGUUUACGCCAGGAUCCUGAGACCGCUGGCAUCGUCGCCAGCCCGCAGAGGAAGGUGCAGAUCGACAACGUAUCCGAUCGCAGCCGAUCUCGAAAAACCGAUCGCAGAUACAGUAGAUCGAGUAGCGCGAGCGAGUCGUCGAACGUCAGCAGCGAGAUUCCUUGCUUCUCGUCGAGCGCGUCGACGCCGUCGCUGUCGCGGAACAGCAGCAACGAACGAGCCGGAAAGAAGUUUACCGUGGAGUCGUCGUCGCACGAGAAAAAGAACACGACCAGUACGUCGUCGCAAGUAGAAAGCGAAAAGGAGAUCAAACCGGCGAACGGCGGAGUCAGCUUCGCCAAGCCACCGCCUCCACCACCACCGCCCCCACUACCGGAGAAGGAAGACGUCGUGGUGCUCGUGGUGAACGCCAAGCAAAACGCGGAACCUAUAACCAGGGACGAGAAAAGAGACGUCUCCGGUGAAACGAACCGGAAUGGAAGAACCGAGAACGGAGCAAACCUUGCAUCUGCAGCGAUCAACAAGUCCGACGUAUCCUGCGGCGAGCAUCAGCAGCCGGAAGUGCCUCCUGCCAGUCCACCGGCGGACACCGAGGAAAUUAAGACGAACCAAACGUCCCAUCUGGUCAAUAAACAUAUGGUGCUACCGUUCAUACCGCCCAAGUUCGCCAACGCGGACUCCAACACUCUGCUCAAGCCGUCCGAGUAUCUCAAGAGCAUCUGCAAGAUUUCGUCAAAGAGCAGCCUGUUGAAAGCAAGAUCGGUCGACAAUUUGGACAUACAAAGUAGAAGCGGUGACCGAAGAGAGGGCUUCGUCAGACCGGAAGGGACCGAGGAACAGGAGCAAGAAGAACUGAGGGAGGCUUUAGCGGAGAGGGGUGCCACGCGCAAAGCAACUCGGGAGCUGGAGGAGGAGGAAGAGGAAGAGGAUAGGGUGGUGGUGGUGGUCGAAGAGGGAAAGGAAUCGACUGCAGGACCUCCGCCGCCACCGUUGUCACCGCUUCAAAGAUCUCGACGUAUCAACGAGGAGUCCAGCACGGUCGCCAUGACCGAUCUCGAAUCACAGAAAACCCUGCAGCCACUCGCCACCAUCAGCAUUCAAGAUCUGACCAGUAUCCAACUGCGAAGAACUUCCGCGAAAAUGAACGCGACGAAAACGUUCUCCGCGCCUCCGCCGCGCAGCGUAUCUAUGACGAACGUUUCAGAGCCGUUCUUCGUACAAAAGACCGAUUUGAUCGCGGAACUGAAGAGAACCAAGGACAUCCCUGGAAUCAAGAAGAUGAAGGUGGAGAUGGCGCAGGUGGAAAAGACACAGGAGCAGAAUCUCAUGUCGGAGAUCAACAAGGCGUUCAACGUUUCGAAUUUCGUGGAUCAGAUCCCAGAGAAAGACAGUUCGGGGAACGUGAUACCGAUAUGGAAACGACAGAUGCUGGCGCGAAAGGCUGCCGAGCGAGCGAAGAAAGAAUUGGAGGAGCAGCUCGCCAGGGAAAACGAAGAGAGACGACAGAAAGCGAUUCCUGCUUGGAAGAGGCAGCUCCUCGCCAAAAAGGACAACGAAGAAAAAAGACUGAACCAAGUGUGCGCGACGCCAACAGCCAAAGUAGACGCGGUGGCGACGCCGACGCCAACGCCGACGCCGACAUCGAGAAGAGAUGUUUCGCCUUCGUCUAUCUCAUCGCGCACUUCCCACCGACACGAAGAGAAACCGGACGCCGAGGAGAAGAAGCCUGCCGACGCGAACUCCUCGCAUCAAGGAUCGCACGGGACGCAGUCAAACGAAACAGACGACGACGCUCAAAUUAUUCCGUGGCGAGCACAGCUUAGGAAGACCUCCAGCAAACUCAAUAUUUUGGAUUAAUCGUCCAAAUUUAUUUCACUGGUCGAUUCGACGCGCCUGGUGGUCGCGUGUGAUAAAAACGGGUAGUGUUCAUCGCACGGCCAUCGAACGCGCUUCACGGAACACGCUGUUUGUUUGUAUGUACAUAGAAUCGAGUAAAGUUUAUAUCGAGAAAUUCCUUAAAAAA